AUGACGACAGAAAUCCGAAAAUCCGUUAGUCGGACUAGAAUCGUGUUAUCGCAGGUUAUAGCAUGCCUUGCUCUGAACGUCCUUUUAAUUGGUCUUGGGAUGUCUAUAAGUUUCGUUACGAUGGUCAUCCCUGAUGUAUUGGAUGCUAAAGAAGGGUUGUCUCUUAACAAAAAGCAAGCAUCUUGGUUUGGUAGUAUGGCUUUUCUCUGCCAACCUCUUGGCAGUGUAUUCUCUGGGCCGUUGCUGGAUUAUUUUGGACGACGAAAAGCCCUAUUCCUCGUUAACAUACCACAUUUGAUUGCUUGGCUUCUGAUGUACUUCGCCUGGGAUGUGCCUUCUUUAUUUCUUGCCAAUGCACUUUUGGGUAUCGGAACUGGCAUUAUGGAAGCACCAUCUGUUACUUAUGUAGGAGAAGUUACAGAUCCACAAAUCCGAGGCACGCUUACAACUCUUACCAAUAGUUUUACCUCGACGGGUAUGUUCAUCGCGUAUCUUCUGGGUACGGUGGUUUCCUGGCGACAUGCAGCACUUCUCUCGCUCAUUAUACCACUUAGUACGAUGAUCCUAGUGUUGUUUGUGCCAGAAACUCCAAUAUGGUUAUUGUCAAAGGGCCGCCAAAAAGAUGCGCUAACUUCACUAUGCAAAUUGCGAGGUUGGGCCGAGCCUGAGGAUGUGCAAAAAGAAUUCAACGAUCUUCUGCAAUAUAACGAUAGUAUAACAGAAUGUAUUGUUUGCAAAGAAGCGAAAGAUCGAUGCGAGCAUUCUAAAUAUAGUAUAAUUAAAAAAAUAUACUUUAAAUUUAAAUACGUUUUCUUUGUGAAGGAAACUUUGAGGCCAUUUAAGUUAGUUAUGGCCUACUUCUUUUUCCAUACAAUGAGUGGUCUCUUACCGGUUAGACCCAACAUGGUGAAUGUUUGUAGAGCAUUAGGAAUGAAGUUUGACCCUAAAGCAGUAGUGGUAAUAGUCGGUGUUGUAUAUAUAAUAAUGAACCUUCUAUCGGCUGUCAUAGUUAAAACAAUUGGAAAAAGAAAACUUAUUCUAUCUUCUUUAUUAGCGACCGCGUGUUCUAGCCUUGCUCUGUCGAUAUAUUCUAAAAUCAAAUUGUCUGUUGAUGUUUUUUCGUAUGAAGUCAACACUUUUCCGGAACAAAAGGAAAUAGUACCGGUAGUGUUAUUUAUGACGCUUGUGUCAUUCACUAGUUUGGGCAUACCUUGGAUUUUGUUAUCAGAAAUGUUUCCGUUCAGGAGUCGCGGCAUGGCGACUGGCUUGGCCGCCGCUCUUGGAUACGUCAUGUUCUUUUUAGCAUCAAAAACAAAUUACAACCUCGAAAGCACGUUCCACAUGUCUGGGACAUUCAUGUUUUAUUCUAUCAUCGGUUUAAUUGGUACUAUCUAUUUAUAUUUCUUUUUACCGGAGACUGAAAGAAAGACUUUAGUGGAAAUAGAAGGCUUUUAUAAAGGAAAUAAAAAGAUAUUCGCAGAUGAUUUCUUUAUAAAUUCAUUUAGGAAAAAGAAGAAUAACGACUCUAAUAAGCCAAUGCUAGUCAACUGUAGU